CCGGGUGGUGGUUCGCCUCCGGGUUGGCCAAGCCGGGAAAGCGACCGCUCCUCCUCCUCCCUUUCUCUCGUCUCCUCCUCGCCAAGAACGAACGCAACCCAGUCCAUUCCUCCUCCUCCUCCUCCUCCUAUCGCCUCCCUCCCCCUCCCUCUGCCCCUCUCUCCUCCCAGGAGGGAGAUUCCUGCUCCUGCUUCUCCCGACGAUUAUCCCAUCCGUCCACUCUGCUGUCUGCUGCCGAGGCUUGUUUUCAUCGUCCCAUCUAUCUAUUUUCCUAGGACAGCUGAAACAUUUUUGGGCUCCAUACAUUUAUCACCCAACAGCUGCCGUGCAGCAGUUAUUUCUUCUACAGUAGGUUUCGACUGUUGAUGUAAUUGGACGCGAUAAGAUUCAGGCCCACUAGGAUACCUGCUAGGAGUUGAGGAGAAUGGCUGUUGGUGGAACUCAACCGGUCCUCAGGAAGUACCUAGGUGCCCUCAAGGACACAACGACUGUGAGCUUGGCAAAAGUGAACAGUGAUUAUAAGGAAUUGGACAUUGCAAUUGUCAAGGCCACAAACCAUGUUGAGCGUCCAUCAAAGGAGAAGUACAUAAGAGAAAUUUUUCAUUCCAUUUCUGCUGCUAGGCCACGAGCAGAUGUAGCUUAUUGCAUUCAUGCCCUUGCUAGACGUCUUUCAAAGACACGCAAUUGGGCGGUUGCGCUAAAGACAUUGAUUGUCAUUCAUCGUGCCCUUCGGGAAGUUGAUCCCACUUUUCGUGAAGAGCUUAUCAAUUAUGGCAGAUCUAGGUCCCAUAUGUUGAACAUGGCCUACUUUAAAGAUGACUCUAGUGCAGAAGCUUGGGAUUAUUCUGCAUGGGUGCGCAUUUAUGCUUUAUAUUUAGAGGAGAGGCUCGAAUGUUUCCGAGUGUUGAAAUAUGAUGUAGAAACUGAUCCUCCGAGGACUAAGGAUCUUGAUACUGUUGCUUUGCUUGAUCAUCUGCCACCAUUGCAGCAACUCCUUUUUCGGCUUCUUGCUUGCCAGCCACAAGGAGCAUCGUCUUACAAUGUUAUAAUCCAGCAUGCACUCUCGAUGGUUGCUUUAGAGAGUGUUAAGAUCUACACUGCGAUUAGUGAUGGAACAAUCAAUCUGGUUGACAAGUUCUUUGAGAUGCAAAGAAAUGAUGCUGUUAGGGCACUUGAUGUAUACAAAAGAGCAACUAACCAGGCUGAACGACUUUCAGAAUUUUAUGAAGUGUGUAAAACUAUACACAUUGGGCGUGGUGAGAAAUUCCAGAAGAUUGAGCAGCCUCCAGCGUCAUUCUUGCAGACUAUGGAGGAGUAUGUAAGAGAUGCUCCGACAGGUCAAAAAGAAAAGGCUGUACUAGCGAUAGAAUAUAAAAAAGAGCCAGAGGAGGAAGAAAAACCGGCUUCACCUCCUCCGGCUCCGGAGCCAGAACCGGAACAAGAACCUGAGCCAGAACCCGAACCAGUGAAAGAGGAAGCACCUGAAGCUGAACCAGAUUUGCUGGGUCUAAAUGAACCAAACCCUGCUGCGACUGCGAUAGAAGAGCAGAAUGCUUUGGCACUAGCAAUUGUUCCGAUAGAUGAUGUUCCGAAAGCUGCUCCUACCUUUGAAAAUGGAGUCACAGGCUGGGAACUAGCCCUUGUGACUGCACCAAGUUCAAAUGAGACCGCCGUUGCCCCAAGCAAGAAACUGGCCGGUGGUCUGGACUUGCUGACCCUGGACAGCCUCUACGACGAGGCGAACCGGAGAGCGAGCCAGCCGGCGGCAAGCUACAACCCCUGGGAUGCGACCCCGGCCACCGCCGCGCCUGUCCCGAUGCUGACCAUGGCGCCGGCCAUGCACGACCCGUUCUACGCCUCGAACGGGUACGCGGCGCCUCACGGCGUGCAGAUGGCGGCGAUGGCGCAGCAGCAGCAGGCCUUCAUGUUGCAGCAGCAGAUGAUGACAAUGGCCCCGGCGCCGGCACCGGUGGUCCACCACCCGAUGCAGAUGCAGCAGAACCCCGCGAACCCGUUCGGCAACCCCUUCGCGGCCGCCGGCGCGCACCCUUACGGCGCCGCCGCCGCCGGCAUGCCGCUCCACGCUGGCCCCGGCAACGUCUACACGGGGCUGAUCUAGUGCCACGUCCAGCGGUCAUCGAAUCAAAUUUCUUGGUUGCUUAGCGGAGCGCUACUGUUACCACACCAAUUCAUUCUUUUUGUCCAAGUUUUCUUGUUGCCAUUGUGAGAAGGAAAUUUGUAGCACAGACACAGACACAGGUAGAGGCGGUCACUGUUGGAGUUGGCUAUUGGUUCUAUAUAUAUAGCGUCGGUUGAGGUGUAUAGCAAGCAGGGGGUCAGUCAGUCAGUGGUGUCCCGUACUAGGCGGUGAUUUGUAUGUAUAUUGUACACAUAGAGUUUGGUCACCUGUUUCAUGGUGGAGAGAUUGAUUGGAUUAUUCUUGGUGAUACGGUUGAAUAA